UUAUCCCUUUUCUUUCUCCCAUUUUCUGGACUCCUUUGAUACACACUGUUGAUGAAACCCACCUUUUUGUUCUUUCUUUCAUCCCAAGCAAUCCCUUUUUUGGUAUAUAUGUUCGAAGCCUUUUGUGUUUUCCUGGAGAGAAACAAGCUGUGAUAAUGGAGCCCGUUGAUCAUCGACGAGUAGUCAACGAGAUGGACUUCUUCGCCGGCGAUCGAACUUCCGGACGACAUGUGAAGGCCGAUGAUGAUCAUCAUGUGAAGAGCGAAAGUGAACGUCCUGGGUGGCUGCAAGAUCAAGCUGAGGAUGUAAAUACUGGUUUAAAUCUCUUGACAACAAAUAGUACUGCAAGUGAGAAAUCAUCACGGAACCUGAAAGAGAAACAAAGGGUAAAUCAGUUAGCAGAUGUUCGAGCUGAGUUGGAACGGAUAAACGCGGAGAAUCAACGAUUGAAACUCACUCUUAGCCAGGUGAAUAAUAACUACCAUGCUUUACAGAUGCAUCUUGUUUCAUUGAUGGAACAACAACAAAACCGAAUAGCUGAGAGCUCGGAAGCUAACAAUACUGAGACUGAUAAACCAAUGGAGGAUAAAACACACGGUGAAGGCAUUGUGGCAAGACAAUUCAUGGAUCUGGGUCAACCAGCAAAAGCUGGAAAAGAUGAGGGUUCGGAAUCUUUGUCCGAGGAUCGAUCGCCCGAGUUAUCAGGUUCGGCCGGGAACACCAUUGUUGAGUCUAUGGAGAGAAGAGAAAAGAAAAGUACUACCACUGAAGGCCUUCCUCAUCCUCAUGGAUGGUCACCUAAUAAAGCUCCCAAGUUUAAUAAUACCUCAAAGGAUAAUGAAGAAGCACAACAGACCAUGGCCAUGAUUCGAAGAGCUCGCGUCUCGGUUCGAGCUCGAUCCGAAGCAUCAAUGAUUUCUGAUGGUUGUCAAUGGAGAAAAUAUGGGCAGAAGAUGGCAAAAGGAAACCCUUGCCCUCGAGCUUACUACCGUUGCACCAUGGCUACCGGUUGUCCGGUUCGCAAACAGGUGCAACGGUGUGCGGAGGAUAGAACCAUCCUUGUUACAACUUAUGAAGGAAACCAUAACCAUCCACUACCUCCGGCCGCAAUGGCAAUGGCGUCGACAACGUCGGCCGCUGCAUCGACGAUAUUAUCCGGUUCGAUGCCUAGUGCAGACGGGAUCAUGAACUCGAAUCUCGUCCCCAAAGGGAUGAUGCUUCCUGGCUUACCCAGUUUGGUCACCCUUUCGGCUUCAGCUCCGUUUCCGACUCUCACAUUGGACCUCACUCACAACCCUAAUCAAAGACCAUUGAACCAAUUUCACCCUAUUUCUCCACAUUGGCCUCACAAUUCAUCAAGCUUCCCGCCUCACCUGUUCGGCCACCCGAUUUACAACCAACCGAAACUUUUGGGUAAUUUUCUUAGCUCUCAAGGAAACAUUAAUGAACUUUCCGGCCAUUUAGCUCAAAACCAAAUGCGGGGACAUCCGGUGGCCAAUACGGCAGCUGCCAUCACGGCUGAUCCCAACUUCACUGCGGCGCUGGUUGCGGCCAUUACUUCCAUUAUUGGCAAUUCUCAUCGAGACAAUAGCGGUGGUAAUAACAACAGCACAACGUCGAGAAACACAGGGGACAACAAUACUUGAAUUAAUGUAUUUAA